AUGCCCAUCUUAAAUCUCACAUCGCUCACAGGCUUAUUACCAGCCCUCCUUUCUACCAAUCAUCGUUCGGCGAGAGGCAGUGUCGGUGAAUACUCGAAGGUGGGAGAAUUUCUCAAAAUAGAACCAACAGAACACGAACCCGAGAUCCGGAAUCGAGGAAUCCCAUUCUUGAAUUUAAUUGUCCGUCGCUGGAAAUGCGGCAUUGUACUUUCUAGCCUCGACUCACCGCGGCUCUGUACAAUCAACUAUUGUCGACUCUUCAAGAAGGAAAGAGGCUCAAAGGAUCAUUUAAGAUAUUACUGA